UUGUAUGGUGUGACAACAACACAGACAUUCCUAUACUAUCAGAACUAUACAAAAGAUAGCUGGCCACUGAAAACUAUGGGGCACAUCCUCAUCUGCUCAUUCAGGAUUUUUGAGACACUGCAUAUGGCAUUCUGUAUUGACUUCAUAUACAACUAUGUUAUCACGGAUUUUGGCAAGGUUGAAGCCCUCAAUGAAAUCUACUGGUAG